GCAGCGUCCGCUCACAGUGUCCCCUCCAGUGCGCAGCGAGACCCAGGCCUCCGGGCCCCGAGAGUCCCUCGCCGCCUAGCCGGCUGCACGGGGCUGAAGUUUUUGGAGAAGGGAGCCCAACUCUUCAAGGUGAACUAUGACCACUUUGCUCUUGGUUUUCGUGACUCUGCGGGUCAUCACGGCUGCUGUCUCAGAAGAAGCUUCGGACCAUGACAACGGGCUGAGUGUGAGCAUCCCCCAGCCGUCCCCGCUGAAGGUCCUUCUGGGGACUUCACUCACCAUCCCCUGCUACUUCAUCGACCCCAUGCACCCCGUGACCACUGCCCCCUCCACCGCCCCGCUCUCCCCGAGGAUCAAGUGGAGCCGCAUUUCCAAGGAGAAGGAAGUGGUCCUGCUGGUGGCCACUGAGGGGCGUGUUCGGGUCAACAGCGCCUACCAGGAAAGGGUCUCGCUGCCCAGCUACCCAGCCAUCCCCAGCGACGCCACCUUGGAAAUCCAGAACCUGCGCUCCAAUGACUCCGGGGUCUAUCGCUGCGAGGUGAUGCACGGCCUCGAGGACAGCGAGGCCACCUUGGAGGUGGUGGUGAAAGGCAUUGUGUUCCACUACAGAGCCAUCUCCACACGCUACACCCUUGACUUCGACAGGGCCCAGAGGGCCUGCCUGCAAAACAGCGCCAUCAUCGCCACACCCGAGCAGUUACAGGCCGCCUAUGAGGACGGCUUCCACCAGUGCGAUGCGGGCUGGCUGGCUGACCAGACUGUGCGGUACCCCAUCCACACUCCCCGGGAAGGCUGCUACGGGGACAAGGACGAGUUUCCUGGGGUGAGAACCUACGGCAUCCGGGACACCAACGAGACCUAUGACGUGUACUGUUUCGCCGAGGAGAUGGAGGGCGAGGUCUUCUAUGCGACGUCCCAGGAGAAGUUCACCUUCCAGGAGGCCGCCAGCGAGUGCCGACGGCUGGGCGCGCGCCUGGCAACCACGGGCCAGCUCUACCUGGCCUGGCAGGGCGGCAUGGACAUGUGCAGCGCGGGCUGGCUGGCCGACCGCAGCGUCCGCUACCCCAUCUCCAAGGCCCGGCCCAACUGCGGGGGCAACCUCCUGGGCGUGAGGACCGUCUACCUGCACUCCAACCAGACCGGGUACCCCGACCCCUCAUCCCGCUACGACGCCAUCUGCUACACAGGUGAAGACUUUAUAGACAUCCCAGAAAAUUUCUUCAGUGCGGGUGGUGAGGAGGACAUCACCAUCCAGACAGUGACCUGGCCCGACAUGGAGCUGCCUCUGCCUCGAAACAUCACAGAGGGGGAAGCUCGAGGGAAUGUGAUCCUCACAGUGAAGCCCAUUUUCGAGGUCUCCCCCACCGACCUGGGGCCCGAGGAGCCCUUCACGUUUGCCCCAGACGUGGAGGCCACAGCCUUCCCUGAGGCCCAGAAUGAAACUGAAGAGGUCACCCGGCCCUGGGGCCUUCCUGAGGAGUUCCACCCUACGACCUUCCCCAGCGAGGACCUGGUCCUGCCGAUGACCAUUGCCCCAGGGGGAGCCGAGGUCCCUGGGCAGCCCCGUUUGCCGGGUGGGGUCGUGUUCCACUACCGCCCCGGGCCCACCCGCUACUCGCUGACUUUCGAGGAGGCGCGGCAGGCCUGCCUGGACACGGAUGCCAUCAUGGCCUCCCCAGAACAGCUCCAGGCCGCCUACGAGGCAGGCUACGAGCAGUGCGAUGCUGGCUGGCUGCACGACCAGACUGUCAGAUACCCCAUUGUGAGCCCACGGAUGCCGUGUGUGGGUGACAAGGACAACAGCCCCGGGGUGAGGACCUACGGUGUGCGUCCACCAUCAGAAACCUAUGAUGUCUACUGCUACGUGGACAAGCUCGAGGGGGAGGUGUUCUUUGCCACACGCACGGAGCAGUUCACCUUCUAUGAGGCGUUGGCAUUCUGUGAAUCCCAAAACGCCACGCUGGCUUCCACCGGCCAGCUCUACGCAGCCUGGAUCCGCGGCCUGGACAAGUGCUACGCCGGCUGGCUGGCCGACGGCAGCCUCCGCUACCCCAUCAUCACCCCACGGCCAGCCUGCGGCGGGGACAAGCCGGGCGUGAGGACUGUCUACCUCUAUCCCAACCAGACCGGCCUCCCAGACCCGCUGUCCCGCCACCAUGCCUUCUGUUUCCGAGGUGUUCCAGUGGCGCCCUCUCCAGGAGAAGAGGAGGGGAGCACACCCACACCCUCUGCAGGUGUAGAGGACAGGAUCAUCACCCAAGCAGUGCCUGGCGUGGCUGUUAUUCCCUUGGGAGAGGAGACAACUGCAGUCCUAGACUUCACCAUUGAGCCAGAAAACCAAACCGAAUGGGAACCGGCCUACACUGCAGUGGGCACCUCCCCUCUGCCAGGGAUCCCACCCACAUGGCCUCCCACCAGCACAGCAGCAGAGGAAAGCACAGAGGGCUCUGGGGUAACUUUGGUGCCCUCCACCUGGGAAACACCUUCCACCUCAGAGGAGCCAUACACACCUUCUUCUGAGGUGCCCAGUGCCACUGAGCUGCCAGGCUCCUGGGAGGCAUCUGAGGCCCCUGAUAUCAGCGGUGACUUCACAGGCAGUGGAGAAGCUCCAGGAGCCACUGCAAGCGGACUGCCUUCUGGAGACCUUGACUCCAGUGGUCUUACCUCCACAGUGGACUCAGGCCUACCCUCAGGACAUGAAGACAGAAUUGAGUGGUCCAGCACUCCUACAGUUGCUGGGCUGCCCUCUGGGGACAAGAACCUAGAGGGCUCUGCCUCUGGGGUAGAGGACCUUGGCAGGCUUCCUUCUGGAGAAAUUCUAGAGACUUCUGCCUCUGGAGUAGAGGAAGUCAGUGGAUUUCCUUCAGGAGGAGAAGAUCUAGAAGCUUCAGCUUCUGGAGUAGGGGAAAUGAGUGGACUUCCUUCAGGAGAAGGUCAAGAGACCUCUACCUCUGGAGUAGGGGAAGUCAGUGGGCUUCCUUCUGGAGAAGGUCUAGAGACUUCUGCCUCCGGAGUAGAGGAGGUCAGUGGACUUCCUUCUGGAGAAGGUGUAGAGACUUCUACCUCUGGAAUAGGGGAAGUCAGUGGACUUGCUUCUGGAGAAGGUCUAGAGAUUUCUGCCUCGGGAAUAGAGGAAAUCAGUGGACUUCCUACUAGAGGAGAAGAUCUAGAAACUUCUGCCUCUGGAAUAGAAGUCAGUGGACUUCCUUCUGGAGGAGGUCUAGAGACUUCUGCCUCUGGAAUAAGUGAUCUCAGUGGACUUCCUUCUGGAGGAGGUCUAGAGACUUCAGCCUCUGGAAUAGAGGAUAUAAGUGUGCUUCCUACUGGAAGAGAAGGUCUAGAGACCUCUGCCUCUGGAGUGGAGGAUGUCAGUGGGUUUCCUUCUGGAGGAGAAGGUCUGGAGAUUUCUGCCUCUGGAAUAGAGGAUAUCAGCAGGAUUUCUUCUGGAGAAGGUCUAGAAACCUCUGUUUCUGGAGGAGGGGAUGACCUCAGUGGGCUUUCUUCUGGAAGAGAGAGUGUAGAGACCUCAGCUUUUGGAAAAGAGGAUCUCAGUGGGUUGCCUUCUGGAAAAGAAGACUUGGUAGGAUCUGCUUCUGGAGACUUGGCCAUUGGUCAACUGCCUUCUGAAACUGUAGGAAGUGGACAACCUCCAGAAGCAAGUGGUCUUCCUGCUGGAUUUAGUGGUGAGUAUUCUGGAGUGGACUCUGGAAGUGGCCCAUCCUCUGGCCUUCCUGACUUUAGUGGACUUCCAUCUGGGUUCCCAACAGUCUCCCUAGUGGAUACUACAUUGGUGGAAGUUGUCACAGCCACCAGUGCAAGUGAACUGGAAGGGCGGGGAGCCAUUGGCAUCAGUGGCACAGGAGAAAUAUCUGGGCUGCCCUUUGAAGAACCAGACAUUAGUGGAGAAACCAGUGGACUCCCUCCGGGAAGUGAAGUCAGUGGUCAAGCAUCUGGAUCUCUUGACAUCAGUGGGGAAACAUCUGGAUUCUUUGGUGUUAGUGGACAGCCAUCUGGGUUUCCUGACAUCAGUGGGGGAACAUCUGGGAUUUCUGAGGUCAGUGGGCAGCCUUCAGGGUUUCUUUACUCCAGUGGAGAGACAUCUGGUGUGACCGAGUUCAGUGGACUGCCUCCCAGACAACCAGACAUCAGUGGAGAAGCAUCUGGAGUUCUUUUUGGCAGUGGCCAGCCAUUUGGCACAAUAGACCUGAGUGGAGAAACAUCCGCAGGGCCUGAUAUCAGUGGACAGCCAUCAGGUCUGCCAGAGUUCAGCGGGACAACACCUAGAAUCCCCAACCUGAUUUCUGGUACCAUGAGUGGCAGUGGGGAAUCUUCUGGCAUUACAUUUGUGGACACCAGUUUGGUGGAAGUGACCCCUACUACAUUUAAAGAAGAAGAAGGCUUAGGGUCUGUGGAAUUCAGUGGCUUUCCUUCUAGAGAGACUGAUCCGUCAGUCUCUGGGGUAGUAGACAUCAGUGGACAGUCUUCUGGAACAAUCGAUUCCAGUGGGUUUAUAUCCCCAGCUCCAGAACUCAGUGGCCUACCAAGUGGGGCAGCUGAGGUCAGUGGAGAAAUCUCUGGAACUGAGGCUGGGAGUAGCUUUCCCUCGGGAGCAUACGAUGGCAGUGGACUUCCUUCUGGGUUCCCCACCAUCUCUCUUAUAGACAGAACCUUGGUGGAAUCUGUAACCCAACAUCCAACAGCCCAAGAACCUGGAGAAGGGCCUUCAGGCAUUUCAGAACUUAGUGGUGCUCAUUCUGGAGCACCAGAAGUGUCUGGAGACAAUUCUGGAUUUUUGGACCAAAGUGGACUACAGUCUGGGCUGGUAGAACCCAGUGGAGAGCCAUCAAGCACUCCAUAUUCUAGUGGGGACUUUUCCAGCACAGCUGAUGUAAGUGGAGAGUCCACUGCAGCCAUCACCCGCAGCGGGGAGGCCUCAGGACUUCCAGAAGUCACAUUAAUCACUUCAGAGUUAGUGGAGGGUGUGACAGAAGCAACUGUGUCCCAGGAAUUAGGCCAAAGACCCCCUGUGACAUACAAACCCCUGCUUUUUGAGGCCAGUGGGGAAGCCUCUGCAUCUGGGGACAUUGGUGGAACAACAGCAACGUUCCCUGGCUCUGGGGUAGAAGUAUCAUCAGUCUUGGAAGGCAGCAGUGAGUCUUCUGCCUAUCUUGAGACUGGCGUGAGGGCAUCUGCUGUCCCCGAGGCCAGCGGACAGGCAUCUGGGUCCCCUGACUCCAGUGAGACCACCUCUGCCCUCCACGAAGCAGAUCUUGAUAGAGCCUCGGGCCUGGAUGUGAGCAGCAGCCCCUGGACCUUUCUGGGAGGCCCCCAGGAGGGGUCAGCUGCCCCAGAAGUGAGUGGAGAGUCAUUCACCACCUCCCAGGUGGUCACAGAGGCCUCGGGUGCACCUUGGGCUACUCCUGUGGCUUCCAGAGACAGGACGGAAACUAGCGGAGACCUGUCUGCUCACAGCUCAGGGCUAGAUGUCAGCAUCAGUACCAGCACCCUAGAGACCCAGUGGACCCAGCAGCCCAAGUACCCUGCAGAGGUGCAUCUAGAAAUCGAGUCCUCAAGCCCUUCGUACUCGAGAGAAGAGACCCACACUGCCGAAACAGACGCUGCUGUUUCCACUUCUUCGGAGGGAUCGGGUGAAGCAGAAAGCACCACUGCAGACAUUGAUGAGUGCCUCUCAAGCCCUUGUCUGAAUGGAGCCACCUGCGUGGACACCAUCGACUCUUUCACAUGCUUAUGCCUUCCCAGCUACGGAGGGGACCUGUGUGAGAUCGACCAGGAGGUGUGCGAGGAAGGCUGGACCAAAUUCCAGGGCCACUGCUACCGCCACUUCCCUGACCGUAAAACCUGGGCAGAUGCCGAGAGGCAGUGUCGGGAGCACCAGUCACACCUCAGCAGCAUCAUCACCCCAGAGGAGCAGGAGUUUGUCAACCGAAAUGCUCAGGACUACCAGUGGGUCGGCCUGAACGACAGGACCAUUGAAGGGGACUUCCGCUGGUCAGAUGGACAUCCCUUGCAAUUUGAGAAAUGGCGUCCCAACCAGCCGGACAACUUCUUCGCCACAGGAGAGGACUGUGUGGUGAUGAUCUGGCACGAGAAGGGCGAGUGGAACGAUGUCCCCUGCAAUUACCACCUGCCUUUCACUUGUAAAAAGGGCACAGUGGCCUGCAAAGACCCUCCUAUGGUGCAGCAUGCCAGGACCCUUGGGCAGAAAAAGGAGCGGUAUGAGAUCAACUCCCUGGUACGGUACCAGUGCACAGAGGGCUUUGUCCAGCGCCACGUCCCCACCAUCCGGUGCCAGCCCAGUGGGCACUGGGAGGAGCCUCGGAUCACCUGCACAGACCCCGCCACCUACAAGCGCCACAAGCGCCGACUACAGAAACGGAGCUCCUGGCAAAGCCGGCAAAGCCGCCCGAGCUCAGGCCACUGAGAGGCGCCUCGGGAAAUCACCCAGGAUGCUGAGCCCAGGAGCCCACCGGGCUGACCAGACCACGCAUCUCCCCGCGGUGCUGUCCUCUUCUUGUUGCUUUUUCAUAUAAGGAAUCCCAUUAAAGACGGAAAAACCAAAUCCCACAUUGUGUAUGCACCCACCCACCCCCAAAUCUCCAAAACCACGCCUAAUUUGUCCCCAAAUGCCAAAGCAAAGCAAGCUCAUCGCAACCCGUGGACUGAGAUUAGAGACAUUUCUUCAGUCUCCCGUCGUGCCUUUCCAGGGACAAGUGCAGAGACGGGGGAGAGGGGAAGGGGUUAAGUUAAAUAAAGAAGAUUAUUUUUUGUUUCCUGACUUUAUCCAAGAGCAGUGCAAUGGUUGGUUAAUUUCACCUCCAGGAAGAGCUAGGACGGAGGGAGUGGGUGGAAAGGAGCUGGAACGAUCAGCGGCCUGAGGCCAGAAGGACUCUGACCCGACCACGGCAGCUGAAUGUAGGGGACAGGACACAAAGGAGCCAGGAGGGUCGCAAGAGAAGCCUGGGGGGUCAGGGACAGGAGGGGGCCAUUUGGGAAGCAUCUUCUGCAACGUUGGGGUCACCUUCCCUCCAAGGGUCCCCCCUCCAGUGUGCUCACCCAGUCAGUACCCCAGUAGGUGUCAUCUCUCAGCAGGACUGGGUGGGGGCACAUCCUUCCCUGGGGGGUGCAGCCCCAUCCCCUCCCCUCCCCCACCCCGGGACGGUGCAGGCACCAGGGUU